AUGGCAACCGCUAUUCGUGCAGCAAGUAGCAGUAGAACGCUGAAGCAACUGUUAUCGGAACUGAAAGCCAUUCGUUCCGGUGAAGGUGCUGGUGCGUAUUCACUGGCCUCCCAGUACAUCUUGGACCAGUAUCGGCGUUUCGAAACGACGGAGCAGCAACACUGUCGUGCGAAGGAGGAACUGCAGUUUACUGCGGAAACGUAUCACUGCUAUCUGGAAAGCUUACGCAAACUGAAGGAGUUAAACGAAACCUAUCGCGGUAAGGGUGAACGAAGCAUCCGCGAAACGGCGGAUAUGGUAGGCUUUAAGUUACCGCAUGAUCCCAAGUAG